AUGCAAGCCUUAUCGAUAAUUCGUCAACAUGGCAAAGAUGUACUGGCGCAAGACAAGGUAAAGAGUCCUGGCAGUUCUGCUGAUCUUUCAGUAUGGAUCGUCUUUGCAACUGGGAUCUGGCGUCUGGCAGAUCUAGUGGCAAAUCUCUCCCUUGAAAAUGCCCCCAUUUUGUGCUCUGCUUUUUCAUCAAAAGUGUGUUGUGACGAUUUGCUCGAAAAUAAGGGGUCCAAGGAGGCAGAGAAGCUCUAUUUAGAAGCAUAUCGCAUAUUCGACAAUGCUCUUAUUCUUCACUCUCUAUCGGAGGCAAAUGAGAGUGGUGAACUCAUUCUUUAUGACUACGAGGGCGUUAUAGAACUGGCUAACUCAGUGAUGCUUCUGCAGGUAACUUAA